UCAUCUGCCCACCCACACUCUUCAAGUAAAUCUGUAGUAGUUUUCUUGAGUUUCCAUCUUCUCACUUGAGUUCUUAGUUCUCUCUAGAACCUCUGGUCCUCUGCCAUGGCUGACGAAGGAACUGCCACCUGCGUCGACAUCCUCUUGGCCAUCAUCCUCCCUCCUUUGGGAGUGUUUCUCAAGUUUGGAUGCGGGGUUGAAUUUUGGAUUUGCUUGGUACUGACUAUCCUCGGGUACUUGCCUGGAAUUAUCUACGCCAUUUAUGCUAUCACCAAAUAGAAGAAUUCCAUUAAAUUCUCAUUCAGGGAAAAGGAGUGGAAUCUAAUUGCUCUGCCUUUGUCGGUGUGCUGAUGGAUUGAUCCGUUUUUUUUUUUUUUCCUGUAUAUGGUCUUUUGAUACCUCUUAUCUAUUUCAGUUUUUUUUUUUCAGUUUUUAGUUUCAGUUCAUGAGUUGAGAUGUUAAUUGUAUUAUUACUUUGUUAUUCGUUAUAAUUUAAGUUAAUGUAACUUUUGUGUUUGUUGUUCGUGCA